AUGGAGAGAAGUGCAGUUGAUUUGAAAAUUGUGAGGGCCUUAUGUGCUAAUGGGAUUCCAUUCAAUGUAUUGCGGAAUCCUCAAUUCUGUGACAUGGUAAACGCAUUAAGAAAGGCACCCGAAGGUUAUAAAGCGCCAUCAAGUGAGAAAGCAAGAACUGUUUUACUAGACGAAUGUGUUAGAGAUGUUGAGAAAGACUUGAUACCGUUUAAAGAAGCAUGUCGUGUUUCUAUGUUUAUGUAUGCCACUGAUUUUUCUGGAGUCGAGAAAACAGAUAAAGCAAUUGCUCAAUUUUUAAGCCAAGCGAUUGAUUUUGUCGGCCCAAGUAAUGUUCUUAGUGUUGUGACGGACAAUGAUGCCAAUUGUAAAGCAGCUGGAAAGGAAGUGGAAAAGAUGGAGACUUCAAAGUUGGAGCUUUUAAGGGUUGCAAAAACCCGAUUUGCUUCUCUUUAUGUUUUGUUGAAGAGGUUAUUCAUUUGUAGAGAGGCACUAUCUACAACAAUUGCUCGUAAUUCGUGGAGAGAUUGGGUGAAACACGGCAAUGAACACACUAGAACAAUUGGACAACUUGUUGGUAAUCAUAUAAGAGAUGAUGACUUUUGGAUCGAAGUUGAAAAUAUUUUACGCAUCACGAAGCCAAUUUAUCGGUUGAUCAAAUUUUGCGAUGGUGAAGGCCCGAAAAUGGGCGGAAUUUAUGAAAAGAUGGAUAAUAUGUUGGGGGAAAUACAAGAUGUGAUGAAGGAACAUAUGUAUGCAUCAUAUUUCCCUCAAGUACAACAAAUUGUAUUAAGUAGGUGGGAGAAAAUGAGCAUCCCGUUACACUGUUUAGGAUUUGCUUUAACUCCACGGUUUUACGAUAGUCGCUAUCUUGAAACAUUAGCACCAGGUGGAACUCUUAGAAAAGCACUAAACCUUGAUAAAGAAGUUGUACAAGGUGUAAUGGAAGCAUUUAAUCGCAUUUCUGAAAAUAGAGACGAAGAACGAUUGUUGCGAGAACAAUUUGCCACAUUUAACAUGAAGAAGGGUCUUUAUUCUCUAUCGGUAGCUCAAAUGGAUGCGGUUACUAUGGAAGCAAUUGACUGGUGGUCUACUUAUGGCGUGGAAACACCGGAGUUAGCUGAUGUGGCAAAAAAGGUGUUGUCACAACCUAUAAGUAGCUCUUCAGCUGAAAGAAAUUGGAGCACUUAUUCCUAUAUUCACAAUGUGAAGAGAAACCGACUAAGUUGUAAAAGGGCUGACAAACUUGUUUUUGUACAUUCAAAUAUUCGUUUGAGUUCAAGGUUUACCGAAGAAUAUAAAGAAGGGUCACACAAAAAGUGGGAUAUAGAUCCCGAAUCUACAAACUUGGAAGGAUCAAGGCUAGAAGACAUAGAAUGA